AUGACAACUGGAACCGGAAGGGUUUGUUUCCUUGUAUCUAAGGGACACGCACUAGCUAACAUUCAAAGUCUCAACCUUACAAUCUCCAACUAUGUGUAUAUUCUAGAGCCGCAGUGGAACCCAAUAGUUGAAUCCCAAGCUAUUGCUCGGGUUCAAAGAAUCGGACAAAACAGAAAUGUCAAGAUUUUCAGAUAUAUUGUAGAAGAUACGGUAGAAAAGGGUAUCCAAAAUCGACAAUCGAGAAAAUUGAAUUUCGCAAAAAUGGGGUGGACAAGUGACCAUUCGGAGCUUCAAUGA